AUGUCCGCAAACCUCUCAGCUAACACGCUCUUCAAUGUCAAUGGCAUCGUAGCCGUCAUCACAGGAGGCGGAUCAGGUAUCGGCCUAAUGAUGACAAAGGCCCUAGUAGCCAACGGCGCCCACCUCGUAUACAUCGUCGGCCGCCGCGAAGACGUACUCCGCUCAGCUGCAGAAAGCAUCGACCCUAAGAUCGUCAUCCCACUACCCGGCGAUGUCACAUCCCGCGAGUCUCUUCUCGAAAUUGCAAAACACGUCGAGACCAAAACCGGCUCCAUCAACCUCCUUAUCUGCAAUGCCGGAAUCAUGGGUCCCAAGCCGCUUAAAGCAGCACCCGGCUCUGCACCUCCGUCGCUUUCAGAGUACAGAGCGCACGCCCUCGAGACGCCCAUGGAGGAAUUUACAAACACGUAUGCGGUGAAUACCACAGCUGUAUACUACACCACUCUCGCCUUCCUCUCCCUCCUCGACGCCGGAAACACAAAGAGCAACAUGGGCGCAGACGUCCGCUCCCAAGUCAUAACUACAUCGAGUAUCGGCGGCUUCUCGCGCUUACCGGGCGCAUCGUUUGCUUAUAACAGCAGUAAAGCUGCCGUCACGCAUAUGACGAAGAUGCUUGCUACGUCGUUUGUUCCGUAUGGCAUCCGUUGUAAUAUACAAUUCCUCGCUGAACCCUUCCACCGCAUGUUCUUCCUCGAUAACCUCGCCAUCGGCUAUCCACACGCGGAAAUAGAACGCGUACCAGUCUCAUGGCUCUUCAUAUACGCCGGCGCAGUUCCCCUUGGUACACUCGUCGCCUGGGCCCUCAUCCUCCGCCCCGGAACACACAAAGCACAUGUCACCAUCUUAGGCUGGUUCAUCAGCAUGAUCUUGACCAUGUUCAUUACCGACGUGAUCAAGAACGCUGUUGGACGGCCCCGACCAGAUCUCAUUGCGAGGUGUAAACCCGCUCCUGGUACACCGGCACACCAACUCGUCACGUUCGAGGUCUGCACCGAGACAAAUCACCACGUUUUGCACGACGGCUGGCGCAGUUUUCCUAGUGGGCAUAGUAGUUUCUCCUUUAGUGGAUUAGGCUAUCUUGCUCUCUUCAUCGCAGGUCAAUGCCACGUCUACCGCCCUCGCGCCGAUCUCGCUCGCGUCCUUCUCGCUCUCACUCCUCUCCUCGGCGCUGCCUUGAUCGCUAUCUCCCGCUGCGAAGACUAUCGUCACGAUGUAUACGAUGUUAGUGUUGGGUCUGUGCUGGGCAUGGCGGUUGCGCAUUACACGUAUAGGAGGUAUUAUCCUGCAUUGAGGAACAGGCAGUGUGCUACACCGUUUCCUAAUCCGGCGGAUGAGAAGGGCUGGGGAAGGUCAAGGGGACGAAGAGAGCUUGAGGGCUGCGGGUGA